CAUCACACACUGUCCCCGCUCCAUCGCACCCGCUCAAUUGCUUACAAACAAACCAUCAUCAUUCAUUUGCUUUCUUCCUUCUUCUUCCGUUUCUUUUGCCUCUUUCUUUUGUCUUCUUCCUUUCGAUUUCUUUAUAUAAAAAAAUUGUUUUAUUUUCUUGUGGCUUUAAUUUAAUAAAGUCUUGUUCGUCUAUAGCCGUUUCAUCCCUCAACCAGAGGCAUCUUCUUUCCUGUCAAGAUCCUGAAUCAUCGGAUCUGAGAGGAAAACUAGGUUUGUUAAAUCUGAUGAGAGACUUCUGAAAAAGGCUUCAUUCUUCUUCUGUUAGUACUCUAAUUCAACCGAGAGAGUCCAAUAUUUUACCAUCUGUAUACUUUUACUGAAGAAGAAGAAGAUGUCAAGGGGAAACAAUGGAUACACUGUUCCACCGGUUUUCAUGAAUGAGAACCACUUGCAAUACCAGACAAACGCACAAACCAAUCAGCUUCACUUCCUCGGAACCAUGGGAGGUAGGUGCACUGUUGAUCCAGUAAACUAUUUUGCUAAUGAUAAUCAUGCGCCAAUGCUUCGGCCUAACAAAAGAGGAAGGGAAGCUGAAAGCAUUAGUCAUAAUGUCCAAAGACAACAGAAGCUUCAGAUGUCUUUAAACUAUAAUCAUAACAAUAUUAGUGUGCAAGAAGAAGCCCCCAAGGAGAAUCUAGUCUCCACUGGUCUUAGAUUGUCUUAUGAUGACGAUGAACGCAACUCCUCAGUGACUUCUGCUAGUGGUAGCAUUGUGGCUGCUGCUCCCCCAAUCUUACAGUCACUCGAUGAUACUCUUCGGAUUGAUCUCCAUAGACAGAAAGAUGAACUUGAGCAGUUUUUAAAAAUUCAGGCAGCUCAAAUGGCGAAAGAAGUGAGGGAUAUGAAGCAGAGACAGAUUGCGUCUUUUCUCAACACAAUAGAGAAAGGAGUGAGCAAGAAGCUUCAAGAGAAAGACCAAGAGAUCGAUAUCAUGAACAAGACGAAUAAAGAGCUCGUGGAGAGGAUAAAGCAAGUGGCAACGGAAGCUCAGAAUUGGCAUUAUAGAGCAAAGUAUAAUGAGUCUGUGGUUAAUGCCUUAAAGACAAGUCUACAACAAGCAAUGUCACACAACAACAACAAUGUGGUUGCUGGUGCAGAUCAUUGUAAAGAAGGGUUUGGAGACAGUGAAAUAGAUGAUGCAGCUUCAUCAUACAUUGAUCCAAACAACAGCAACAACAACAUGGGGAGCCAGAGGAUGAGAUGCAAGAUGUGUCAUGGGAAGGAAGUGUCGGUGUUGGUUGUGCCGUGUAGGCACUUGAGUUUGUGUAAAGAAUGUGAUGUGUUCACUGGGUUUUGUCCUGUAUGCAAGUCUUUGAAAACUGCUAGCGUUCAGGUCUUCUUUUCCUGAAACAAAACAGAAACUCAAGAGGAAGAAUGAACUGACAUUAAUCUCUCUGCGGUACGGUGUGUAUUGAUAACCUGGAGUAGAUGGAUAAUGUUACAUGAUAGUGUUUGCGACUGGGGACAAAGACAGUGAACAUAAAUUAACAGAGCUCACUUUUUCAGUGUGCUUAGUCUUCCGCUUCAUGGAAUGUUUAAAGAUGUAGUUGACAACAGUAACCUAGAAAAGGAUUCAUGUUUAGUUUGCUUAGAGAGCCAAAACUCGAGGUUUGCUUUAAAAUAGGAGAAACAGAGCUGCAUAAAGAGCAAGCCUUUUUAUUCAGCCUAUAAAAAACGAUUUACUUUUAAAAUGGGCUGAAAAAGAGAAACAUAAUAAAAAAAAAAGAAUUAUGUGAUAUUUUAAGGGAUAUGAGUGAUUUUAGGGUAUUUAGAGUGUCUUGAACAUUUUACAUCUAAAAUUUUUAGCUGUCUAAACGCCAAACAUUCCCCUAAAUCCUUCAUAAUUCAGAUAGGUAAAGUUUGGCGGCGAAACUAUAUUUUAGAGCACCUCCAUCAAUAGGAUGGAAGUGGGUAUCUAUCAGAUAAUACAUUAUAAAAAAGAAAAGUGGAAAGUAAGAGAGUAAUGCCGUAUGAGUGCAGAGAACUGAUUUGAAUCUUUUUACAUUCUUAUUUUAAGUGGCAGUUUCUCAUUUGUUUAAUUUAUUAUAAUUUUUUUAAUAAUUAUUUACUAAAAGUGUAUUAGAUAACGAUAUAAACACAAGAUAAGAACUCUUAUGGGUUUCUUAAUUAACCAAUAAGCCUGCUCUUAUUUGCUCUAAUAUUGCAAAUGCAUAUGGAAGUAUAAAACUAGGAAUGUCUAAAACGCCAAACAUUCCCCUAAAUCCUUCAUAAUUAAAUGCAUAUGGAAGUAUAGAUAGUAACUUGCUGGCAGCAUUUAUCGCAGCUAUCCAUAGUACCACAUCAACUUCAAUCACCAUAUACACCACACCCUGAAUCUUCUGAUUAUACGGUUGUUAAAAAAGAUAGUCCCAGUUAUUUAUUUAUUUUGUCUGUAUAAGGAAAUUAAUCAAUCAUUAUAAAAUAGUGUUAGGAGAACUACAAAAUGAUUUAAAACAAACAUUUUAACAAGGAUAUUAAGGUAAUUUACAAGGCCGUUGCAUGGAGUUCACGGGAGAGUCAUAUAGAAGCCACCUAACAAAUAUCGUGAAAGCCAAAAGAUAAAACAAAAAAUUAGUUAAUCCAAAAUCAAAUAAACAAUGUAGCCACAUGAAGGAAAUACCGUGCUACAAAUAUAUACUCUUACAGUCAUACGAUGCAAAAAGAAUAUUAAUGACUUUCAGUGGCUCCAAUAAAAGGAGACUAAACAUACAAUGAGAAUUAUUCAAAAAAAAAAAAACAGAAAA